GAAUGCAGCCUUGCACAGCGCACAGGAACCAGUUCAGACAGUUGAGGAUGGCCAAUUAACCCUUUUCGGAUCUAUCGUCUUCCUUCCCCCCCUCUUGCGAUGUGACAGACACACGAACAGGUGGGAUUCUGUCCCAGCUGCGCACGUCUCGCGCUGUCCACGCUGCCCCCAUGCACGUGCGUCCUGUGGGAGGUUCCCCUUACCUCCCUUUGGUUAAACACUCCUUAAACUGUAACGUUAUCAUAAACAGUCCGGCUUCGGGGGGCCAUAAUCACCUCUCUCGGGCCUUAGCGAGACUUCUCAUUGGACGUCAACACGCGACCAGCGCGAGGAGGGGGGCUCCCAGACGCGUGCCGCCAUUUAAACGGACGCCGCGCCUUGAGACACCAGAAAAGUAGUCUCGCACGCGACAGUCAUUUUCACGCAGUGCAACAAGCAUAGUAGUGCGUGACUCCAAAAACUUUUUCAUUUUAUUUUAUUUUUUAAAUAUUGUUAGUCGUUUUAACUUUACCUACCUUUUGGGGUCAUUUGGAAGCAUGGAUGUCCGAAGUGUGGAAGACUGGAGCAGAGGCGCAGUCCUUGACCCGCGGCUGCAGAGCCCAGAAGUGGUGAAGAGGGGAGGGGAGCAGCAGCUCGAGGAGCCCCACCACCACGAACCUGGACUGACGCUCGUGGACAGCGGCAGUGACCCACGCGCCUGGCUGGCUCCAGUGCAGCCUUCUGGCACCUGCGCGGCACACGCCACUUCACCCGACUACCUGGGGCAUUCGCCCUGCCCGAGCACCGGCUCCUACCACGAGAGUGGUUCCCCGGAGUCCUCGGGCUAUCCCAGCCCUCCCAGCUACAGAAAAACUACCAAGAGCCCCUCCUCUUCCUCGCUCAAAGUCAGGGACUUGUGCCGUCUUCAAGGCACGGUCACCGGGCCCGAUGAGGAAACAUCCACGAGACAGAGAGCCCAGUCUAGCAGACCUACCAACGGGGUCCAGAAGCAGAGGCGCGUGGCCGCCAACGCGCGCGAGAGGAGGCGGAUGCACGGGCUCAACCACGCGUUCGACGAGCUGCGCAGCGUAAUCCCGGCGUUCGACAACGACAAGAAGCUCUCCAAAUAUGAAACUCUACAGAUGGCGCAGAUCUACAUCAACGCUCUGGCUGAUCUGCUGCAAGGUCCAGUCUCCAACAACAGCAAUAGCGAAGUAUCCAACAACAACAACAACAACAACAACUCGCCAAAGUGUGACAAUAUGCUUGCAUCCGCCGAUGUUUUAGACGGGGCAAAAGACAGGGCUUCCCCGUCCCCUACAGCGUGUAGGACAGCGGCGGCUGAGCCCGCCUCAGGUAGCAGCCUACCUGUCCACAUCAGCGGGGUGCCAUUCCGCUCCUCCUUCGACGACGGUUCGUUUUCGGCCAUGGUUGAAGAAGCGAUGCGUUCGCCCUCUCCUUCUUCCUCCACUCGGGCAGGAAGUUCGCUCGCACCGGUCGGAGGUAGGAGGAAAGAGUCUCCCCGGAGCGACGGAGAGUUUUCCCCGCACUCCCACUUCAGUGACUCGGAUGAAAUAGCGAUGGAGCUCCACUCAAGUGAAGAAGAUGACCUCUCAGAACUCAAGCUGCGCAGCCACCAUAACCAUCAUCUUCAUCGUCAUCACACUGUUGCUUUCUGAAUGAUUAAAAAUAAAAAAUAAAAUAACAGACUAUAUUAAAGGUUCACUAUAGCCUACAACAAAAUAAUUGUCCGUAAACCGUGUCAAUCAUGUAGUCUGUUCUGUUUUAAAUGUCGUUUUAAGAGGAUGGACUUUUUUGCUUUUUCAAAAAAGUCGUGUUCAAUUUUUUUUAACAACAAUUUUAUUUUAUCAACUUCUUACAUAGUCUUAUUAUUAUUAUUAUUAUUUUUUCUGAAAUAGGCUUAAUUCGGUUCUGCCAAUAGAUGUAGCCUAUAGCCUAUAAUUUCCCGUUUCCAUGGAGACGUGUCUGGAAGACCCCUCUGCCAUGUCGCGCGCAGCACUGCCAUGGGUAUUUCCCACGCCACUCCGACCAAAAAGCUGUCUUCCACAAAAUCAUAACUUUAUGGAUAAUUGCUUAGCCUAUAUUUGAUAAUGUAAACAAUGUUUGUAGCUCUAAUAUGAUUUUUUUGUUUUGAUUUAUAUUUUGAUUUGUUAAUUUGUAUGUAGGCUAUAAUGUAUUUUGCAACUUCAAAAGUUAACAAUGUGCACUUUAAAAAUAUAUGAGCCAGAGGCUUACGAAAUACGAUUUGUGUUUUCAAACCAUAAACAAUAUUGUUGUGCUUUGUUUGAUAGUGUAGUACUGCCAAUUCCAUACAAAUAGCCUAUUUAAAUGUAGCCAUCAUUGCUGCCUUCUUUUGUAUUUUCUUUUGUAUCUUCAGAUGAACUUGUGUGUCUUUUGCUUUCACUGGAUGAGAUAAAUUGACAUGUAU